AUGCGUUGGUUGCACACCCUUAUCUUCUCCCACUCUCAUUCUCAUUCCUCUUCUUCUUCUUCUUCUUCAUCGUCCUCUUCGGCAACGCUAAAAUCUUCCCCUUCCACCUCCUCCCUCCCCGACAACAGGAAGAACACGCGCUCCGCCAGGCUCUUCGGAAGUGGCAAAAGGUCCAGGCGCUCCAGGAAGCUCCGCCCCGUCGCCGACUUAGACACCGUCGUCGUCCCUCUCUCUCGUUCCUCCAGCACUUUCGAUCUUUCCUCUACCUCCGCUGUGCCUCAGCCCUUGCCCUUGCCGGAAUUGUCGUACCCUUUGCCAUCGCCUAAAGAUGCCGGCGAUAGAGCUGACGGCACCGUCGACGUUACUCUCGCCACCGGCUUUCGGAUGCGAAGUGUUUUUGCUAGCCAAUUCCAAGAGACAAGAAAGAAUACGGAGCACGUGGAUACAAGGACACCUGGGAUAGAUGCGUGCGGUUCUGCAACCGCAAACAAUCAUGGAGAUAACUUCUGGAUGAGUGUGGCUCCUAGAAGUGCUCCAAGUAGUCCUUUCGCCACCAGUCCCACCAUCAGCCCAAAGAACAUAAAAAAUGAUGAUUUUGUGCCAUAUUAUUACGUCCCACCCAAAGUAAAUCAAUUCUGGUCUGCACCAGAAAUGCCCAUAUCAGAGACAUCAGCCUCUCCUGCUUUCUUUGAUUUUUCCGCAUUAGCCACUGAUACCACUGCUGCUACUGCUACUUCUCCCCAUCGAAGUCCACUUAUAAGAAGUCCCAGUCAACAGUACCCCAAAAGCCCAACUGGGCCUUCUUCCCCUCUACCCAGGUUGUCCCAUGACACCUCAACACCACGUCGUGAAGCUACUGCUCCUCUCACCGUCCAUCCCUUACCCUUGCCUCCUUGGGCUGGGCCUGGGCCUGGUGCUCCCUUACCUUCACCAUCUGCUCCCUUUUCCCCAGCUGUAGCUAAAGGAGAACCCGUGUCGAUGAAAAGCCAAUGGCAAAAAGGGAAGCUUAUUGGGCGAGGUACUUUCGGCAGUGUUUAUGUUGCCACCAAUAGAGAAACUGGAGCAUUGUGUGCAAUGAAGGAAGCGGAAAUAUUUGUUGAUGAUCCAAAGUCAGCAGAGUGUAUAAAGCAGAUAGAGCAGGAAAUUAAAGUUCUUAGCAAUCUGCAACAUCCAAACAUCGUGCAGUAUUAUGGUAGUGAAAUAGUUGAAGACAAGUUUUAUAUUUAUUUGGAAUAUGUACAUCCCGGUUCAAUAAAUAAAUACGUUCGUGAGCACUGUGGUGCAAUAACUGAAUCUGUUGUUCGGAAUUUUACACGUCAUAUUCUUUCGGGGUUGGCUUACUUGCAUAGCAAAAAAACAAUUCAUAGGGACAUCAAAGGGGCUAACUUGCUUGUUGAUUCUGCUGGUGUUGUUAAGGUUGCUGACUUUGGGAUGUCCAAGCAUCUGACUGGACAUGCGGCUGAUCUUUCUUUAAAGGGUAGUCCAUACUGGAUGGCUCCAGAGCUUAUGCAAGCGGUUAUCCAAAAAGAUAACAGCUCUGAUCUAGCUUUUGCUAUUGAUAUUUGGAGUUUGGGCUGUACAAUUAUUGAGAUGUACACGGGGAAGCCUCCUUGGAGUGAGUACGAAGGGGCUGCAGCCAUGUUUAAGGUUAUGAAGGAUACCCCUCCUAUACCGGAAACAUUGUCAGCAGAGGGAAAAGACUUCCUGAGGCUUUGUUUUAAAAGAAAUCCAGCAGAGCGGCCAACUGCUUCAAUGUUACUGGAUCAUCGAUUUCUUAGAAACUUACAACAACCAGAUGCUUUAUCUUCCAUGCAUAUUUGA